AUGGUUCAUCCCCUACUGCCAAGUAGCGAAACAGUGGGGAACCCGAGCUCCGUCGAUGCUCCAGCUUUGGCCAGUCCCAUCAUCUCCAUGCUUUCACGUCUUCACGUGCUAGUAAUAGGCCCGGGAUUGGGUCGGGACGGCGUGACGCUCAAGGUGGUCACCGAGGUGAUGAAAGAAGCUCGGUCCAGGUCAAUCCCUUUUGUCCUAGAUGCAGACGGUCUGCUGCUCGUGACGGAAGACCCGGAUCUUGUGAAAGGAUACAAGGAGUGUAUCCUGACUCCUAAUGUGAACGAGUUCAGCCGUCUGGCCAAAGCCCUGGGGAUCGAUGUGCCCAGUCAGACGCAGAUCUCAUCGGAGUCAGGUGGCGAUGACAAGACCAAACGGGAAGCAGAAGCUUGUGAACAAUUGUCAAAGGCCUUGGGUGGCGUGACAAUCAUUCAGAAAGGCCCUCACGAUGUAAUCUCCAAUGGAGUCGCCAAUAUCAUCAACACUAUUACCGGGGGAUUAAAGCGAAGUGGAGGCCAAGGAGAUACACUUACAGGAUCGCUGGGCACGCUUCUCGCUUGGAGAGCGGCUUAUCAUAAUGAAUUGUGGGAUUCGGGUGAGAAGGACAACUCAAACGAGGCGCAGAGUCAACAGGAAGUUCUUGGGGAGCUUGAAUCAGAGGGCAAGCGCAUGUCUCCCGCAACAACUCUACUUCUCGCUGCGUGGGCAGGGAGUAGCAUAACCCGCGAAUCGUCUCGACGUGCCUUCAAAGCUAAGGGGAGGAGUAUGCAGGCUAGUGAUCUGACAGAUGAGGUCCAUGAGAGUUUCCUAGCGUUAAUCGGUGAGCCAGAAGGGUCAAAAGUGCAUCUGUAA